AUGGUUGAGAGACUCUCCGCAGUGGAAAAUGCCCUCACGUACAAGAUAAGACGAUUUCUCACCGCACACUUUUCAUCAAGUAGUAUAAGGAGGGGCUCGUUCAUAUCCGCCUUGAUUACAUGUCUUGCGGACGCUUCUGUGGUAACCUUCUCUAUAUUCACUCCCAUGUUCAUUGAAAAGCUUAACUAUGACCAGAUUGAUAUCAACAUAAUUGGCGGUGGUAUGAAUGUGGGUCUUUAUUUGACUCUUCCUGCUUUGGGUUAUCUCAGUGAUGCUCAUGGUCCCAUCCUUUUAGCACUAAUCGGUAUGGUUUUAUGUCCUGGCUAUUUAUUUGCUGCAUGGUGCUAUAUGAGUAAUUCAAAUUCUGCUUUCAUGGCGUUUUCUUUCUUCUUGAUUGGUAUCGGUACCUCUUCGGCAUACUUCUGUUCCCUUCUCACGUGUGCCAAAAUUUAUCCCGAUAAGAAGGGUCUUAGUAUCUCAUUACCAGUGACAUGCUAUGGGCUUUCGUCGCUACUUUUAUCGUAUGUUUUCAAGCUGCCUGUUUUCAGAGAGACGAUCGGUAAAGAUAUAUCCAUCAUUAGCACCUAUAGAGUGUUCAUCUUUCUCAGUGUGGCAUACUUGAUAACUGGUUUCCUUAACUCCAUUUCUUCGGUUAUAGUGACGAUUGAAAAAGAGGUCGUGUUCACCAAGUUGGCCGAGCAAGAGGAACAGGUUCAAGAUGAUGAGUCCCAACUUGAAGCUGCAGCAAGAGUUCAGUCUUACAACUCUGUGGACAAUACCUCUCUAAUCAACUCCGAGUUCAUGGAGCCACAGACGCACCAGGUCCGGUUCAGACGAUUCCUCAAAGAUCCUACUAUGCCUCUUUUGUACGUGGUUGUUUUCUUUCUUAUAGGAACUCAAGAACUCUUUAUUUCGAAUUUGGGUUCUCUCACAAAGGUGGUUGGUUAUUCUCAUAGAGAUGAUAUAUCCGAACAGGUUGCCUUGUUCAGUGUAUUUUCAACGCUUGCCAGGCUCGGGGCAGGAUUUCUUAACGAUUUCUUUGGCACUUACAAGUCGACUGUUCGUCUGACGGUGGUUUCUAUAUUGAUGACCAUAUUGGCGUACAUAUUAAUAGCCAUCAACUUUAGAGACUUUGCUGUGAUCAGUUCCCUAAUGGGUCUCUGUUAUGGCUCUACAUAUACAUUAUUUCCGACCUUGGUUGCCACAGUCUGGGGGGUUGAUCUGAUGGGUUCUACCUGGGGCUUGUUUCUUUCUGCUCCGGCUAUAGGCUCGCUUGUUUUUGGACUUUUCUAUGCCUAUCAGUUCGACUCUUACUGUGAGAUACAGUCUAAGACAGCUCUUACUUACUGCCUCACAUUUCCGUUCACUCUAUUUGCAUCUCUUUGCGUUGUUAGUGCGAUCUCAUUGUUUUACUGUUACAGACGUUACUGGAUUAGCAGUUUAGAAAUCUAG